AUGGAUUUGGACAAAUUACGUCAGGGUGCGUCUAAGGCUGGGCAGAGCCAUGUAGUGCAAUUUUGGGAUGAGCUGUCAGAAGUUCAGCGUUCUCACUUGUUGGAGGAAUUAAAGGACUUAGACUUUUUGGAACUAAAUGGAUUUUUCCGUAAAGCUAUGGAUGCAUUUUCUUCUUCAUCUUCACAAGAAAAAGUAGAUGCCAGGAUGGAAGCUGUACCUCAAGAGGUGCUCGGCAGUGUUACCAGAGACCAACAACAUCUUCAGCAAUGGGAAGCUCAAGGUUUUAAUCAGAUUGCAGAUGGCAAAGUGGCUGUUCUGCUGCUGGCUGGUGGGCAGGGAACACGCCUUGGGGUGUCAUACCCAAAGGGUAUGUAUGAUGUGGGACUGCCAUCUCACAAGAGUCUCUUCCAAAUACAAGCCGAGCGAAUCUUAAAGCUGCAGAAAUUGGCAAAGGAACGCCAUGGGAAGGACUGUGUUAUUCCUUGGUAUAUCAUGACCAGUGGACGUACCAUGGAAUCUACACAUGAUUUCUUUCAUAAGCAUCAAUAUUUUGGCCUAGAAGAAGAAAACAUUAUCCUUUUCCAGCAGGGCAUGCUGCCGGCAAUGAGUUUUGAGGGGAAGGUCCUUAUGGAAGAGAAGGGCAAACUCUCCAUGGCUCCAGAUGGCAAUGGAGGUCUGUAUAGAGCUUUGGGUGCACAGGGGGUGCUUAAAGAUAUGGAGAAGAGACGAAUUGAGUACAUUCAUGUAUACUGUGUAGACAACGUCCUAGUGAAGGUGGCUGAUCCAGUGUUUAUUGGAUUCUGUGUGAGCAAGGAGGCAGAUUGUGGAGCCAAGGUGGUGGAGAAGAUGAAUCCCACUGAACCUGUUGGUGUAGUUUGCCGUGUAGAUGGUGUAUACCAGGUUGUGGAAUAUAGUGAGAUCACACUGGCUACAGCACAGAAAAGGAGUACAGAUGGAAGACUCAUGUAUAAUGCUGGGAACAUCGCCAACCACUUCUUCACAAGACAGUUCCUGCAGCAAGUGGUGGAGGUCCAUGAGCCUCAGUUGCAGCACCAUGUUGCAGUAAAGAAAAUACCUCAUGUGGACACACAGGGUUUGCAAAUUCACCCGGAUAAACCCAACGGAAUAAAGAUGGAGAAGUUUGUCUUUGACAUCUUUCAGUUUGCCAAGAAAUUUGCGGUAUUUGAAGUCUUACGUGAGGAAGAGUUCUCCCCUUUGAAAAAUGCAGAUAGCCAAAAUGGAAAGGACAACCCCAGUACUGCUCGCCAUGCACUUAUGUCACUGCAUCACUGCUGGGUCCUCAAUGCUGGUGGACACUUUGUAGAUGAGAAUGGCACUCGAAUCCCAGCAAUUCCUCUUAUGCAGGAUGCUAGUGAUGUGCCCAUUGAGUGUGAGAUUUCCCCACUUGUCUCUUACUCUGGAGAGGGCCUGGAGCCUUAUGUGAAGAACAAGGAGUUCCAUGCACCUCUUACAAUAGAUGAAAAUGGUAUUCACCAGUCGGUGAGGAAUGGCCUCUAG